AUGGCCGUUGGCUUCCUCACCAUCUUUGCUGCCCUGGUGGCCCUGGCCACAGCCUACCUCUACUUUUUCGGCAUCCCGCCCGAGUUGAAGCGCAAGUUGGAGCGGCAGGCGCUCAAAACAAUGGGCGAAAACAAGAUGUCAUACAUGACAAAGGACACAAUCGACAAGAUCCCCGCCUCGGACCAGGAGGACGUCAAGAACGUCAAAAAGGGCAUCAGCAACCUUGCUGGCGGCGCCACGCAAAACCCACUUGGCGAGCAAGCUGUUCGCGCAGCAACCCAAGUGUGGGAUUCGGCGGCGAACUUGACCAAGAGUGUGUCAGAUCGGCUUGACUGGGACACGGUGCAGAGCUAUCCCAAAGCUGCGCUCGAGCGUGUUUCGACAAUGGCGGGCAAAGCCAAGGGCACACCUCAGCAUGAUGUCCAGCAGGAUACGAAGUAA